GCUAGUCUACUCAACAUGUGACGUCAUCACAAAUGCGACAGAUCAGUAUUUUUACUAAUCGUACACCGGUGAAAGGUGGAAGUGAGCGAUGACUAGGGAGUGGUAUACGGUGUGAGAAGGACAGGCGCUCUCCCGAAAAUGGGGAUCCUAUUCACUAAGUUAUGGAGGCUCUUUAACCAUCAGGAACACAAAGUAAUUAUUGUGGGACUUGAUAAUGCAGGGAAAACUACAAUACUGUAUCAGUUUUCAAUGAAUGAAGUUGUGCAUACAUCACCUACAAUAGGUAGCAAUGUGGAAGAGAUAGUGGUCAAUAAUACUCGAUUUCUUAUGUGGGAUAUUGGAGGACAAGAAUCUUUGCGAUCAUCUUGGAACACAUAUUACACAAAUACUGAGUUUGUUAUAGUUGUUGUGGACAGCACUGACCGAGAGCGAAUUUCUGUAACUAGAGAAGAACUCUAUAAAAUGUUAUCACAUGAGGACUUAAAGAAAGCUGGGCUGCUUGUGUUCGCAAACAAACAAGAUGUCAAGGAGUGCAUGACUAUAGCAGAAAUUUCACAGUACUUGAAGCUAACAUCCGUCAAGGACCAUCAAUGGCAUAUACAGGCAUGCUGCGCUCUAACUGGGGAAGGCUUAUGUCAAGGACUUGAAUGGAUGAUGUCAAGACUUAAAGCCAGAUGACCACAGUAGCGGGAGCAAAGAGACAUUAUGUUUACGACUUGCUGUAUUUAUGAUUCCUUGGACGGCUGCAUUCUACAAUGUCUAUUUAUAAACAUUGUGUUACAACGGUUCUAUCACACAGAGCAAAAAUGACUGGUUCUCUUUAAAGACUGAUUCCUGUGACUGUUCCUUUUUGAAGAUGUGAUUGGCUUGCAAGUGGUAUUAUCCCCUCACAGUUGGAGAAAAAGACAGCAGAGUUUUAAAUGUUCAACAUUUUAAAGUGCAGUUUUACAGAUAAAAUGGCUGCUGAAUCAGGAAUACAGCCAAUUACUGACCAGUAUUUUUAAAAUGUCUUAGGAACUGGACUGGAUUUCUAUUUCCUGUGUGUAUGCAUGCUCAUACAUUUGUACUAAUGUACAUAAUAAUAGUCUUGGUAUGAUCCAGUGCUGACUAUAUUGUAUUUCGCACUGGAUUUUUAAAGCAAAUGGGGAUUUGCAUGUUCUAUUCCAUUUCAGCAGCGGAAAAGGCUUGGUCCAUACUUCUGUAAAUUAUUUUUUUGACUCUGCUUUGUUCAUCCAUUCUGAAGUUGUGAUAAUAAACUAAGGUAAGAUGAUGUCCUAAUUUCUAACCAG